GCGCGGUCGGUUCCGGGCGGUUGGGCGCGAGGGAGCGAACGCGGGAGCGCACGCGGGGACGACCGAGGCAGCCGCGCCCGCCGCCUCCCGCUCUGUAUGCCGCUCUCCCCCGGCGCGGCCGCCGCCGAUCGCAGCAGCAGCAGCCGGAGCCGCCGCCGCCGCCGCCGCGGUUGAUGCGGUUGGGCCGGGGUCGAGGCCGCCGAGAUGCCGCAGUCCAAGUCCCGGAAGAUCGCCAUCCUGGGCUACCGGUCUGUGGGGAAGUCCUCCUUGACCAUUCAGUUUGUUGAAGGACAGUUUGUUGACUCCUACGAUCCAACCAUAGAAAACACUUUCACAAAGUUGAUCACAGUAAAUGGACAAGAAUAUCAUCUUCAACUUGUAGACACAGCUGGGCAGGAUGAAUAUUCCAUUUUUCCUCAGACAUACUCCAUAGAUAUUAAUGGUUAUAUUCUUGUGUAUUCUGUUACAUCCAUCAAAAGUUUUGAAGUGAUUAAAGUCAUCCACGGCAAGCUGUUGGAUAUGGUGGGUAAAGUGCAAAUACCCAUUAUGUUGGUUGGGAAUAAGAAAGACCUGCAUAUGGAAAGGGUGAUCAGCUAUGAAGAAGGGAAGGCGCUGGCAGAGUCCUGGAACGCAGCAUUUUUGGAAUCUUCUGCUAAAGAAAAUCAGACUGCUGUUGAUGUUUUUAAAAGGAUAAUUUUGGAGGCAGAAAAAAUUGAUGGGGCUGCAUCACAAGGAAAGUCGUCGUGCUCAGUGAUGUGACGAUUUCGCUGGAGCUGCAGACACUGGGGUCUAUUCUACCUGGAGAAGCAAACUGCCCGCCGGCCUUGGCACACUCUGCUGCUUUUCUCUUCUGUUAACCUGAAAGAUAGCAUUUGGGUCAGAACUCCUGCCCUUCCAGAUUAUGUUCAACUCUGACUGUCCAAAUGAGUUCACUUCCAUUUUCAAAUUUUAAGCAAUCAUAUUUUCAAUUUAUAUAUUGUAUUUCUUAAUAUUAUGACCAAGAAUUUUAUCGGCAUUAAUUUUUUCAGCGUAGUUUGUUGUUUAAAAUAAUGUAAUCAUCAAAAUGAUACAUAUUGUUACACUACUAUUAACUAGGCUUCAGUGUAUCAGUGUUUAUUUCAUUGUGUUAAAUGUAUACUUGUAAAUAAAAAUAGCUGCAAACCUUAA